UUGAUUUUUCAGUCCUUUUCUCCCUCUUUUUUUUAAGGUUGCAUUCCCUAUUUUGGAAAGGAAUUUUCCUCGGUGAGAGGUCUCUUUGGGGGUGGAGCUGGGCUGGGCCUUGGCUUGCUUUCCUUCUGGGUUUCCUCCCAGAGAUAAUGGAGGUUCAGGCCAGAGAGCGUGCCCUGGAUGCCAAGGCUGCAGCCCUGCCUUGACCGCCAGCAAAGCCAGUCCCAUUUUUGGACUCUGGAGGAUCCAAGGAAAUGUCCGGGAAGGGACACAAGGGUACAGUCUUAUGCCUCCUCAUUCAUCCUCUUCUCACCUUCUCCAUUUAGCCUGUGCAUACCUUUUAACUUUUUGCUCAUCCUGGGUACCAAGGUUAAGCUGCUAGAGCCCUCUGGUUAUAUUUUCCAAUGGUGGAGAUGAUGCGUCUUGAGUCCUAACAGAUGCAUUGAGAACAGUGGGGAAAUAACUACUUUUUUCAUCCUUUUGUUCACCUUUGGUACCCACAUUAAGCGGCUAAAGCAUUCUCAUAGAAUCAUAGAGCCACAUUCAGGUUGUAUUUUCCCAUGAUGAAGAGGAGGCACUUUUGAGUCCUAACAGAUGCAUUCAGAAAAUGCCUACUUCUUGAGAGCUAAUUCCAGCUGCAGUGGACCUACUGAACCCCUGGGAACUUAACAUUAGGGCUGACUUCCCAGUUUCCCAUGGAUUGAAUGGGUCUGCUCUAGAUCGGACUAACAGCUGGGUUUGCUCCUUGAACUGCAACUCCCAGAACUGAGUCCAGCUUGAAGACAUGGGAACGGUGGUCCAAAAAGAAGCCAAGGUGCCAAAGGCCACUCCAUGCUGCCCCUCAGGUCGGCCAUGACGCUCACGAAUGGGACCUGUGGCCUCCGACCCUCUUCGUUCACGCUGCAAGGCCUGCCCGGCUUGGAGGAUGCCCAUUUCUGGCUGGCGUUCCCCCUGUGCGCCAUGUACUUGGUCGCCAUAGUGGGCAAUGCCACCAUCUUGUUGGUGGUGAAGACGGAGCCCACUCUCCACGCGCCCAUGUACCUCUUCCUCUGCAUGCUGGCCGCCGUGGACCUGGCGCUGGCCACUUGCACGAUGCCCAAGAUCCUCUCCCUCUUCUGGUCGGACGACCGGGAGAUUGGCUACGAAGCCUGCCUCCUCCAGAUGUUCUUCAUCCACUCCCUGUCGGGCAUCGAGUCCACCAUCCUCCUGGCCAUGGCUGUGGACCGCUACGUGGCCAUCUGCCGCCCCCUCCAGUAUUCGGCCACCCUCACCCGCUCGGUGACGGCCAAAGUGGGCUUGGUGGCCGUGGCAAGAGGGGUGGCCUUCUUCCUGCCCUUGCCCCUGCUGGUUGACCGCCUGCCCUUCUGCGGCCCCACCGUCCUCACCCACUCCUACUGUCUCCACCAGGAUGUGAUGAACCUGGCCUGUGAGGACACCAUGCCCAACGUGGUCUAUGGCCUGGUGGCCAUCUUCCUGGUCAUGGGCCUGGACUCUCUGCUCAUCUUCCUCUCCUAUGUGAUGAUCAUCAAGGCUGUCCUGCAACUGAGGUCCCGGGAGGAACGCUUCAGGGCCGCCGGGGCAUGCGUGGCCCAUGUCUGCAUCGUCCUGGCCUUCUACGUGCCCCUCAUUGGGCUCUCCGUGGUCCACCGGUUUGGGAGGGAGCUUCCUCCCAUGGUGCAGAUCACCAUGAGCAACGUCUACCUCCUGUUGCCUCCUGUGCUCAACCCCAUCAUCUAUGGGGCCCGGACGAAAGAAAUACGGAGGCGAGCGCUGAAGAUGGUGAGGGUGCGGCGGGACCCGGAGCCACAUUGACCCCUUGGGUGUGUGGAAUGGAUUAUCGAGAAGCUAUUCAAUCAUGGACAAACAUGGCGUCGUGGUCUGAGUGCUGGACUAAGACUCAUGGAGACUGGCUCCAAUUCCCUGCUUGAAAACCCUUGGAGCAUCUCACAUUCAUUUUCAGAGGAAGGUCAUGGAGGCCAACCUUCUCUGGAUAACUCUGGCCAAGAAAACCUUAGUCUAGCAUUGCCGUGCUCUUAGACUCAGCAUGGUGCAGUGGUUUCAAUGUUGGCCUAGGACUCUGGGAGAGCAAGGUUUGAAUCCUUGCUUAGUCCUGGAAACGUCCUUGGGCAAGUCACACUCUCUCAGCCUCAGAGGAAGGCCAUGGUGGGCCAAUCGUGUCUGAAGAAAUCUGGCCCAAAAUCCCAUGAGAAGGUUGCCUUAAGUUGACAUGAUGCCACAUAACAACAAACAAGGAGUAUAAGUAACACCACAGCUGGGCAGAUGUGUUCAGUCAGUUGUGUAAGUUCCACUGGGGGGAAAUGGGAAAGUUUGGAAGAAAAGGAUUGAUAUGUUAAGUUGUUUGUUCGUAUGGUCAAAAAUCUAAUUCAGUUGCAUUAAUGUUGGAAGAGAAAUGUUUUUGACAACUGCAUUAAUUUGAAAUUGUUGUUUGUAUUUAUGCCACGUUGCUUUAUUAAAAGCCUUAGCAGCAUUAAGGUUUUUAUUUAUUUAAAAAUGCAUGAUUUUACUCCAGGGUGGCUUAAAAACAAUAGGAAGAUAGACCAAGAGAAUCAGGAUUCCAUAAGAUGGAGCCACAGCACUUAAGGUGGUGUCACACUGCAUUAUUUCUAGCGUGUGGACGCACCCCAAGACGUGCCACUAAGGAAGAAGUCAGAGCCAUCCACAGCCUUGGCUGUUUCCCCCCGGUUAUUACAGACCUUCCCAGCAUCCCCAAAAGCAGGGCAACCGGCCACUUGGUCAGGCUGAGUUGUUGCUUUUAAAAAGAAAAGACCUGCGCCUUCCGAUGUCGCACUCACUCACAGCAAUAAUAACAAGUCACGCUUGGUUGCUGGCUAUAUCCGAUUUCUAAUGUUUCCCACGGCUG